CUCAACGAGCGCUUCAGAUAGCGUGCGAAUUCCCGGUCCGGGAAGGCUCGCUAAACACGUGAAAACCCCUCGAGGAGAAUCGGUCGAGUCGGAUGAGCGUGCUCGAAUUGUCGAGGAGUUACUUUUUCGCGCCGGGAAAUUUUUUUCCCUUCACCACCGCUCGACUUGAGCAGGUUUGAGGUUUUUCGAGAUAAUAAAAACUAUUACACACUAUAAAAUAAACGAAUCUACUUUAUAAGUUAAAUAAGUGUUGUGUAAAUAGCAAUUAAAAUAGAGUGAAUUUAGUAGUAAAGCGAAUAAAUUAAGUCGCUUUUUGGACAGGUAGUAGCGUGUUAGUUGGGAGCAUUUCGAGAAAAUUAUGUAACUUUAUUCGUUUGCUCUUUGCCGGACAAGAUGAACAGUGUUUUCGCUUUAGCAUUCGUCGCUAUUAUAGCUUUUUGUGGCGGCCUGACGGCACCGGCUUGCGUAUGUGACAGAAGAGAGUGCGAAAUUAUCAACGAAAUCGAUUGUCCUGGAUUGGGUGUCGUCGUUUGGGACCCCUGCAAGUGUUGCCAAGAAUGUGCGAAGACUGAAGGAGAGCCAUGCGGUGGGGAUCUGGGCUUUAGCGGAACUUGCGAGCCCGGACUUUCUUGCCAACAACCCGGACCAUCGCCGAGCGAAGGGAUUUGCAGGCCGAUCAUAUUCGACAUACAGGAAGACACAUGAAAUAAAUUCCACCAAUUUUCUAUUCCUAAUUUGUGAGAAGCAACGACUGUCUGAUUGGCGAAGAUGCGGGUGAACCUGAGGAAAGCCCAAAUGUAUUCCUCACGGAAAACAUUAUCAAAAACUCGUUUGUGAAUAGUGUUAAGUCGGACUUGUUAUCUGCUUACAAUGUGCAGGAGAAGACUUUUGUUCGACCACUGUCGGCUUAAUCUUUAUUUAAACGCUAUUCGUGACUGCUAUCUAAAUUUAAUGUGUAAAUUUGUGACAAUACUUUUAGGACAUACCAAAAAUAUGAUUUAUGUUAUAUUAAUGUACCAUAAAUAUAUGUAGUUUCGAUUUCUUUCCCAGUUUCCGAGGAAGCAUGUAACCAAUAAAACUGUUUUAUUUAUUUACAAAAGGUC